AUGGGUGUCUGUGCUUCAUCUGAAACAACAAGGAGGAGACCAAGUGGAGGAGGAAUUAUGAGUUCUGAAUCAACAGCAAAAGUAAUCCACACUGAUGGCAGAUUACAAGAAUUCAAGCAACCAAUCAGAGCAGAACAUAUUCUUUCACAAAAUCCAAAUUGUUUCCUUUGCAGUUCUGAAACUAUGUACGUCGACAUGAUCAUUCCAAAGAUGGAUGAAACAGAGGAGUUACAAAUGGGUCAAGUCUACUUUCUCUUGCCACUCUCUCAUUCUAGGCAACCACUUACAAUAUCAGAAUUAUGUGCCUUAGCCAUUAAAGCAAGCUCUGUACUUCCCAGACCCAAGCUGGACCUAAUUUCAGUUCACAAAUCAGGAGGUAACAAGAUUCCGGCUAUUUACGCUAACGUUAAAUUGGGUUCUCGGGUGAAUCGUGGUAAUCUAAGGGGAAAGAAUUCUUGA